GGAAGGCUGCAUUGAGUGUGUCAUGCAGGGAGCCCAGGUCACAGUCAAAACGUCAAGAUGGCCACUGUUACCCCACGGCGGUUGUUGAUAGUAAAGAUCCAGAAAAGACUUUGUGAUUUGAGUGUGAGCCAGCUGCGCACUGUUGUUUCUUCAGUGGAGGAUGGCAGCAUGACUCGCAAUCUUGAUGGCUUAAGUGAACCAGAACUGUAUGACCUGAUCGUUGAGUACAUCAGAGGUGAAAAGUUGAGAGCGUUGGAGGAUGAAGGUAUGCUCCUCGACGACAUCGUGAGUGACCUGCUGUCAACGGACGUCGGAGGGGCUGCAGAUCAUCUGGCCGUGCCGCUUGAGAUGGAAGAUAUUCCUAACCAGCAGCAGGAGUGCCCUACUUCACCCCACACUGACCCCACACAUCCUGACAGACAUCUGGCUAUGCCAGCUGACCACAUCCCCACUUCACCAUCACACCCUAACACAGACUCUCACACACAGCCCAUUCUACCGCAGGACAGAGACAUCUCCACCUGUCCCUCAUCCAUGCUAAGAGACACUGAUACGCCCACCAAGAACUUCAACAUCCCAACUUCAGUGUCACCGGCGCCUAGUGUCGCUGGGGUUUCCCCUGGCAGGGUGAGUCGUCCGUCCAGAAGAUAUGACCAAGUUUUGAGUCUCAGUGAUGCGGCAGCUUUGUUUCCACGCAGAGAAUUCAAGUUGCAUGGUGGACAAAUUUCAGAUCUUGGCUCGGAUAUGUCCUACAGUAGUCUGUGCAAACAAAUUGAUGAGGGGUUACAAGAAGGGUUUACUGAGUGUGAAAUAAUCAGAACCGUGCUAAAG